UAUGUCUCAGGAUCGCACGGCCCCAGCGAGCGUGGUUUCUCUGGAAGAAUUAAGUAGCUGGCCAGAGGAGCUAUGCCGCCGGGAACUGUCGUCUGUUCUGCCCCGGCUCCUCUCUAUGUACCAACAUUCUGACAGUUGGAUUGAGCAUAUUCAACUUCUGAAAAUAAUUAUAGAAAUGUUUCUACCUCACAUGAACCACCUGACAUUGGAAAAGACUUUCUUUUCUCAAGUAUUACCAAAGACUGUGAAAUUAUUUGAUGACAUGAUGUAUGAAUUAACUAAUCAAGCAAGAGAAUUAUCAAGCCAAAAUUUGGAAAUCCAGAGCACCCUAAGGAAUAUUUUACAAACAAUGGUGCAGGUCUUAGGAGCUCUUACAGGAUGUGUUCAGCACGUCUGUGCUACACAGGAGUCCAUUGCUCUAGAAAAUAUUCAUAGUCUCCCCUCCUCAGUCCUUCAUGUAAUCAAAAGUACAUUUGUACAUUGUAAGAAUAGUGAAUCUGUAUAUUCUGGGCGUUUACACCUAGUUUCAGACCUUCUCCAGGCUCUUUUUAAGGAGGCCUAUUCUCUUCAAAAGCAGCUAAUGGAACUACUGGAUAUGGUUUGCAUAGACCCUUUAGUAGAUGAGAAUGAUGAUAUUUUGAAUAUGGUAAUAGUUAUUCAUUCAUUGUUGGAUAUCUGCGUAGUUAUUUCCAGGAUAGACAGUGCAUUUCAUGCCAAUACAUGGAAGUUUAUAAUUAAGCAGAGCCUUAAGCACCAGUCGGUUAUAAAAAACCAGCUGAAGCACAAAGAUAUAAUAACUAGCUUGUGUGAAGAUACUCUCUUUUCCUUCCAUUCUUGCUUACAGUUAGCUGAGCAGAUGACACAGUCAGACACACAGGAUAAUGCUGACUAUAGAUUGUUUCAUAAAACACUCAAAUUAUGCCGUUUCUUUGCCAACUCCCUUUUGCACUACACUAAGGAAUUUCUUCUUUUCCUCUCUGAUUCUUGCUCUACUUUGCACCAGCUUUAUCUUCAGAUACACAGCCAAUUUCCUCCAAGUCUGUAUGCUACCAUGAUUUCUAAAGCACAGCAGGAGGAGAUAGCAGGCGCUUUCCUGGUGACACUGGAUCCACUCAUCAGUCAGCUUCUCACAUUCCAACCUUUUAUGGAGGUGGUUUUGGACAAUAAAUUAGAUCUGCCAUGUGAACUACAGUUCCCACAGUGUCUACUUCUGGUGGUCAUCAUGGAUAAGCUGCCCUCUCAGCCUAAGGAUGUGCAGAUGCUGUGGUGUGCAGAAAGCCAGGGCUCAGAAGCUACAACCAGAAUAUCUCUACUCAAAGCUGUUUUCUACAGUUUUGAGCAGUGUUCUGGUGAACUCUCUCUACCUGUUCAUUUACAAGAAGUAAAGAGUCAAGGGCAAGCCCAGACUGCCGUCACGUUGUAUCAGCAUGUUUGUGUUCAUCUGUGUACAUUUAUUGCUUCCUCUCAUCCAUCACUCUUUCCUGAAGUGGAUGCUGCACUGUUGAAUGCUGUGCUGAGUACUAAAAUGAUCACCUCUUUGUUAGUUAUGGAUGCAUGGUGCUUCCUUGCUCGGUAUGGUACUGCUGAACUCUGUGCACACCAUGUCACCAUAGUGGCUCAUUUGAUAAAAUCUUGCCCUGGAGAAUGUUAUCAGCUCACCAACUUGUCAAUUCUGUUGAGACGUCUCUUCUUCUUCAUGGCCCCACCCCAUCAGGUGGAGUUUAUUCAGAAAUUUUCCCCAAAAGAAGUGGAAAACUUGUCUCUGUGGCAGUAUAUUUCCUUCCAGGCUUUAUCUGCUGACCUGAGGAAACAAACUGCAAACGAGGUCAUCAGAGCAGGCACCACCCAGUGCAGGGAGUGGCUGAGCAGCAGUCGCACUUUGGGAGAACUUGAGUCUCUGAACAUAGCACUCUCUGCUUUGCUUACUGUGUGUAAUUCUGCUGGUGAAGCUGUGGAUAUUAGACAACAAACUGCAAUUAUUGAAAUUGGGAGCCAGCUUUGGACUUUUUUAAACAUUAAACAGGUAAUAGGUCAGCCUUUUGUUCAACAAACACUCAGCCUUUUACUCCCACUGUUGGGAUAUUUCAUUCAAACUCUAGAUCCUCAGCUGAUAAGUCAGGUGGUUACUUUGCAGACCUCACUACUUAAGGCAGAGCCUCCUGACCACACCUGUUUGGCAGUGCUGGAUUUUGUGUCUUCUUUAGGGAAACUUUUUAUACCUCAAGCUAUCCAGGACAAAAUUCUGCCCAACCUCUCUUACAUUUUUGCUGUACUGUUAGCUGACAGGAACUGGCUGCUGGAACAGCAUACCUUGGAGGCGUUUACUCACUUUGCUGAGGGAACCAAUCAUGAAGAGAUAGUUCCACAGUGCCUUAGUUCUGAAGAAAUGAGGAACAAAGUUGUAUCCUUCCUGGAAAAGACUGGGCUUAUAGAUGAAACUGAAGCUGCCAGAGUGGAACGUGUGAAACAGGAGAGAGGUAUUUUCUGGGAGCCCUUUGUUAAAGUGCCUAAAGAAGAAGCAAGGCAGUCAUCUUUACAGCCUUGUGCAAAAAGAGCCCGUCACGAGUUCCCCUUAGAAGAAGAGUACAGGUCAGCAUUACGAACAGCAACUGGGGCCCUGGAGGCAAUUGAGUCAUUACUCCAAAAGUCUCCUGCUCCAGACUGGCUGCUGAUGAAAAUAGAGGAGCUGCAGGAAAGGACUGAAAAGCUAAAACACUGCUCACUCACGGGUGAAACGUGA